AUGUCCUCAACCCCAUCUUCACCAUCAUCAAUGAAAAAGGAUUUUUCAAUUCCUCUCGAACUCUUUACGGUUGAUUCCUUUACCAAAUCUCCCUUCCGAGGCAAUCCAGCAGCUGUGUGUUUUCUUACGGAUGAAGCUCUUGUAGAGAAAGUUGAUGAACGGUUUCCUUCCGAUCUCGAGAAGGAAAAUCUCUAUAAAUUAAUUGCAAGAGAAAUGAAUUUAUCAGAGACUUGUUUUUUGAGAAGAGUUGUGCGUUUAAACAAGGAUGGUGAUGUUGGAGGAGGAGAUCAGGAGAAACGAUUUCAACUCCGAUGGUUUACUCCGACUGUUGAAGUUAAUCUCUGUGGACAUGCCACCUUGGCAGCUGCCCAUUUGAUUUUCUCAAAAUUCAACGAACAAAGCAGUGAGAAGGGACAGAAUGUUGAAACUGGUGGUCCAAAAAGACUUGUGUUUGAAACUAAGAGUGGAGAAUUGAGUGUUGAAAAAGAUGAAAAUGACUCCGAGUUGUUGAAGUUGAAUUUUCCUGCAGGUGAUCCACAACCUGUGAAAAUUCCAACCCAUGUUCUAUUGAAUUUAUUGAAACAUUUGAAUUUAUUGUCGAAUCCUUCAAACAUGAACAAUCAAAAUUCUCAAGAUCAAAUUGAUUCCAUUGUAAAGGAGAUUAUUUUGUGUCGAAAAACAAAGAAAUUAUUAUUGGUUGUGAAAGAGUUGAGACAUGUCUUGAAAGCGGAGCCCAAUGAAUCUGCCUUACUGAGCAUGAACUUUGAAUCCGAUGAUUUACAGAAUCAUGUGAAAGGUGUUUCGGUGAAUAUGCCAGUGAAUGAGAUGGAUACAGAGAGUAGAAAUGAGUUGAAGAAACUUGUUGGAAAUGAUAUUGAAGUGGAUAAAAUUGAUUUUGUGACAAGAUACUUUUCACCUUGGAAUGGAAUUAAGGAAGAUCCUGUAAAUGGAAGCUCUCAAACCUCAUUGUGUCCUUAUUAUUCCAACAAAUUAGGUAAACAAAAACUAGUUUGUUUCCAAGCAUCAAAGAGAAGUGGUAUUCUCUUUGUAGAGCCAAUUUCUGGAGGAAGAGUGUCCAUUGGAGGUUAUGCCACCACUAUGAUGUCUGCAAAAAUGUUUAUCUAA